AUGGGUGAGCGGAACCGCAGAUGGCGGGGAGAGAGAGGAAAGUCCUUGGGCAUAACGCCGCCUAAACCACUCACACGGAAGCAACCUAGCCCAUCUGGGCUGCAGGCCAUCGGGUCGAGAGCCCAGAGGCAACGCCCACACGGGCAGAGGAAAAAGCACCGCAAGCGACCGGAAACGACCAGCUCCUCCGUCACUCCCACAAGUGGAGGUAACCUGGGCCCUAACGGUAGCCAAGGUUGUGGAGAGAAGAUGCAGGCCAGCAUGCCAGCCUGGGGCUGGAAGGACACCCUCAAUGACACCCGCACAGUUUCGGAAUUGCUCUAA